CUGAUGCUUUCUUUUCAGAGAUGAAUGCCAAGAAAAUUACCUUUGAAGAGUUCCUGCCCAUGCUGCAAGCAGCUGCUAACAACAAGGAUCAGGGUACCUAUGAAGACUUUGUUGAAGGUCUGCGUGUUUUCGACAAGGAAGGCAACGGCACAGUCAUGGGGGCUGAACUCCGCCAUGUACUGGCCACACUGGGUGAGAAGAUGACAGAAGAGGAAGUAGAGGAACUGAUGAAAGGUCAGGAAGACUCCAACGGCUGCAUCAACUACGAGGGUACGUGUGGCAGUUCAACACCCUCUCAUCCUACCUUUCGUCCCUGA